AUGUCGCAGGGAGAUACAUUCGUAGCAGACGCCUGCCGACAUAGCAGCAGCCUGUUCACUACCGUGGAAGCCAAUUCGCGUCGCAAUACUAUUCACAAAGCAGCAUCAGCAGAGGCAGCACCAGGCGUUCACGAGACAGCCGACAGCAGCCUGUGUUCGCCGCCCCACAGCCGUCGAGAGCGUGACCGUGCAGUGUCACGAGCAUACAAGACCGUUUCCGCGCGCGAUCUGCGCCGGCAAACCCUUCAGGGACACUACCAGGCGAGUCUCGACCAGCCGUCGCGCUCGAGCCUGGACGGCCAUCGAUCAGCGAUCAAUAAACAGAUGAAUCGCAAGUCGACUAUGCGCGACCACCGUCUGGAACCGAGCCGGCCAAGACGGUACACCAUGGAGCCGCACCACACGCGCAACAUGUCGUGUCCAACACUGGAUAUCACUCGUAUUAUGCGGUCGAUUGGUGGCAGCCCGGCGUCGCUAAGCUCGGCGCCUAUGCGUGAGUCUGAAACAGCGUGGCCAGCGCGGCGCGCACGGUCAGCGCGGACGCCAACAAAACCUAAUAGUGUGCCAGAAUCCGCGCAGCGCUAUUCCCUGGCCAGCCUCCGCUCAGUGACACCUAACGCAGAUGUUUCAAGCGGUGUGGCUUCCGUACAGAGCCAGCUGGAUUUAUUGACGGCGUUGCUGGAAGAUACCCCUGGAGCAGUUCCGUGCAGUAACGCCGAAACCUCGAAUAGCCUCAAAUUCAGCCAGUAUGAGUUUGCUACUGCUGCCAUGCCAAACCGCCCUCGGCACAGGCGAGGAUCGUUGUCAGCCAACGAUGGUGACUUUUUUAAUGACGCCAUUGGCCAGUCUCUGUUGAUGGCCGACGGGCUGAGGCACCGCGCGUCUCUAAAGCACCGCGAUGCGGCCACACCCGACGUGCAUGUCACCCGCGGUGCUGUCGCCACCCCUCCGUCGCCGCCCUUGUCUGAAAUCACUGACGCAAUGUUUGCGUCGCCGCACGACUCGCCCCAGCAAAAGGUGCAGCGUGCAGCAUCGGCACGCAGCAACGCGAUCGAGCAGCAGCAGCAGCACGACAGUAAAGCGCUGGAGCACACUGUCAGGCGAGUCCUACGGAAAUGGCCCAUAAACGAUACAGCUACAACCAAACUGCCUUGGCCGAGGCCGGAGGAAACCAUGACUAUUACUCUAAAGGGGCCGGGGAAGCAGGCCAGCGGCGAAUUCGACGGCAGCGAGCAGAGCGCGUCUUUGCGCCCAUCUGUAGACGACAGGCCGCUGCGACCAUCACUCGAUAGCAUUGGAGAUGCGGCAGUGCCGGCAGUGUACCUGAAUGGCUCAGCGUCGCUGUGGGACCAGCCGAAAAGCUGCUGUGGUUUGGGAUUGCCAUCUGCUUUGACGCGCUUCUCUACGUGUUUGCGAUUCUACCGGUGCGCUUCCUUCGAGCCGCCUGCAGCCUUAUUGCCGGCCGUGUUUACUGAGCUGCCGGUGAUUCUCGAGACCCUGGCCAGCUCUGAGCCGGCAAAGCGUGCCGCAGCAGUGCUGCCUGAAACGUGGAAGACGAGGCUUGUGGGCGCUGGCAGCUCACUGGUCGGUGUAGUGGCAAGGAUAUCUGGCCGGCCGCGCAGCAAUAGCGCUACACGGUGGCUGUCGCCGAUCCAGCUGUUUGACUUUUACCGCGGCCUGCUUCUGAUUGUCACCUGCGCAAUGCUGUGCCGCAUCGACGCCGCACAGAUGUACCACAGUAUCCGGGCGCAGAGCUCACUGAAGCUGUACUUUAUCUUCAGCGCCCUGGAUAUCUUUGACCGCCUGCUGUCGUCGUACGGGCACGACGUACUAGAUGCCCUGCAGUCGACCGUGACCGACCCGCGGUCGCAGCGUUGGCGCAGCGGGCUUGGCUACUACGCCCUGGCCCAGGGCUACAUGUUCGUCCACACGCUGGUGCUGUUCUACCAGUUUGUGGAGAUCAAGAGCAACGUGUUCAAGAAGUGGGAGAAGGAGAUGCUGUUCCAGGUGUCGUGCGCCUGA